AUGAUGGAUAUUCGACCUUUCAUAGCGUUCCUCAGAAGGACAUACCCCGUUCCAGAGGUUGAUCCAGCAUGGGUUCAAGAAUGCGUUACAGCCCUUAUAGACUCGGGAAUGGAAGCUACAGUCGAUCAAGUGCAUACACAAUUCCUUUAUUCAGACCUUUCCUCUUCAACCUUACAAUCCCGUACAUUUCCUCAGUCCAAUGAAUUACAUAACUUGAUAUUGUUUCCACGUCCAACAUUACUUCAAUUGCAUUCGAUAUCUGAGAUUGGAAAUUCAGCUUUUCAAAUUCAAACUACCAUGGAACAGAGAUCAGAAGUACUAUCUGGACAAAGUAGAAUAAGAAGAAUGGAUGAGGAAGAAGAUGAUGAUAAUAAUCCUGAAAGGGAUGAGGGAAAAGUACCCCCAUAUCCUCGUGGAAUGCUAAAAUUACAAGUUGGGGAUGGGAGAAGAAUUAUCAACGCUAUGGAGUAUAAAAAGAUAAAUGAUUUGGUUUUAGGUCAAACUUCUUUAGGAUGUAAACUACUCGUACAAAAUGUCAGGUGUCUAAGAGAUACUUUACUCCUUACACCAGAAAACACACAAGUGAUAGAAAGUUCCGUUGAACAUCUGGAGAAUUUACAGAAAGAUCAAUUCUUGAAUGACCUGAAAAGGAGAAUGGGUAAACUCGACGAAGGUUCCAAUGUACAAGCAAUCAGACCACCUCAAAGACGAAUACAACCUCCCUCAGCUGUUCGGCCUGUUCCACGUGCAAUUGCACCACCAAGAAAUCAAUCUCAAUCUGCUUUGAAUGUGCCGAUACCACCGCCAGCUGCUGGACCUUCGCGACUCCGUCAAUUCCCUUUAGCUCCACCUCAAAAUGCCAUACCAUUGUUUGAUCCUCCUCCUUCUCCACCGAAACUCAUCCGUCCCGCACCCACAAGAGCAAAAGGUGUAAAAGCUUCUUCUACCAUUAAAGCUACUUCACGCAAACGAUCAAAUUCGUCUCCUGAUAUUGAAGAAGAAUUUCCAGGUAGAACACCCAACACUCGAAAACCUAGAGCAGCAGCAAAAGCAGCUACGGCUAGAGUACAACAACUCUAUCAUGAUAUACCCGAACCAGAUUCAGACUUCAACCGUGUCGCCCGAGAAUUCGAAGACGACAUGGAUGAAUUCGAUUAUGAUAUAGAUGUAGAUGAGAGUUUCAUCAGGCAGAUAAACGAGGUUGAAGCUAGAGCUUCUACCAGUAGGCAAUCGACAAAAGUAGGAACGAACAACGGUUACGAAGAUGACGAUGAUGAUGAUAGUAACGAUGACGAUUUUAUGAUUUUAGAUGAAUCGAUGAUCAGACAAAUCGAUCAUCUGACUACUACCAAUUAUGACAAAGUUAAACAGAUUGGACAUAAUAGCAGAAAUAAGAAUAAUAGUCAGAGAAGUGGUUCUUCAUUAAGAAGGAAGAGAUCCGCUUCGAGCGAGCUAGAAGACUCUCAAAAAGAGAACAAAGCUCCCGAGAUUAUCGAGAUUUCCGAUUGA